GAACAGUUUAGCUUUUUUCUCUCAUGUGAACCUCGCGUGAACUCCUUUAGAACAAACCAGAGUGUGUUAGUCAUUUCCUAGAUAUGGAACUGAAAAUCUACCACAUUUAUUUAUAUUAUUGAUAUAUAAUUGUGAGCUUCAUGCUUAAUGUUUACGAAGUGAUGUUAAUAACAACUGUUCCGUACGGGGAACACUAGACCAUUGACCGAUAUAUAGUCCAGUGACAUGGAGCUGCGUUUUGGUGCGUAAACUAGUAAACUAGUAUCACAAAUCUGGGUCUGAACUCAAAAUAGCAACUAUUAAGUGACAGAAACUGAACCUAGCUACCAUUAAGUAACAGAAACUAGCAACCAUUAAGUACAGAAACAGAAGCAACCAUUCGGCAGGAGCCAUUGAAACUACUAACCAUUGAGUUACAAAAAUUGGAAAUUGCAAUCAUUACAACUAUAAGUGAGAACAACGUAACUUUGUAACCAUUGAGUGACUGUAACUGAAACUAGUAACAAUUAAGUGAAAGCAAAAGAACCGCUAUAUUAACAUAGAGUGACGUCACUAGACUCAGGACGGUUCUUCAACAGAACAAUUAAUUUGUUCUAAUUAAAAUAAAACAGAUCGCAUUAUACGAUAGCCCAAUCGGCAAGGCGAGAAAAUGCCCAAUACAUUAUCCUGUAAAAUUGAUAUAUAAUUUGAAAGCAUCUGUGUUUUUAAUAAAUUUGUUAUUGUCGUGGUUAGUUCGUUAGAGCAAGAGUAUAUUUUCCUUCGAUGGGCGGGUGAGUUAACAAAGUGUUAACAUGAACUAUGUUUGAGUUGUAACUACACAAACAUUUGAAAUAAACAUUUGAACAGUGAACUGAAAAAUUCGAUAAGGAUAACUCAGUGCCACUGCAAUAUUGGAAGAAAAAACUCGACAAGCGUAAUGGAAUGAAGGGAUCCGGUCAUCAGCAAUAUAAUUGAGUUUUAUCAUACUUAAAUUAAGGUAUAUUAAAUUAUAGUUAAAUAUUUAAGAGUCGGCAUGGACGACACGGGUUUAGACUUGGACACGACAGGACUGCUGCGGGUGAGCGGAGUGCUGCAGGAUACUGACAGCAUGAGUGACAUGAACAACAUGAAUGACCACAACAACCUGAACAACAUGAAUGACCCCAACAACAUGAACAACAUGAGUGAUCCCGACUCCCAGGAUGACGACAUGAUGGGUAACAUGACACACCUAAACCCUCACCCCCAGUUCAAGACCCAGCAACAAGAAUCCCAGUUGUCCACGACCACCCCCAGCUUAUUGGGCGCAUGUUUCAGUGCUGGUGGUUCCUCCUCUAGCAAUAUAGGUGGCCCUAGUUUACUGAACAUCACCAGCAUCCCUAAUUUAACCUCACCUCCCCUAAAUUGCCCCAACACAUCCCAACCUGACAGAUCCCUACACCAACAACCCCAUUCGUCCAACCCCAGCUCAGGCUAUGACAGUAAUCGCUCUUUUUUAGAGACCUGCGAGGAUUUCUCUUUGGAUGAAAUGUCCUCGGACCGAAGUGCCUCUAAUAUCCCUCCCCUACACAAUAUAUCCGCUCCGAAAAUGGGACUUUUGGACCGCAAGGCGGACAGAGAUCUUAUUAACGAAAUAUUAGCGGGUAUAAAUGAAGACCGGAACCGCGAUAUGGCAGACACGACCACGCCGACCAGCUCUACCCCUACACCCACGUCCAGAGCGCCAUCCGUCGUCGAUAAGAAAUGUAACUCAAUCAAAGCACAAAUCGAGAUCAUCCCAUGCAAGGUGUGCGGGGACAAGAGCUCAGGGGUGCACUACGGGGUGAUAACGUGCGAGGGAUGCAAGGGCUUCUUCCGGCGCUCGCAGUCGUCGGUGGUGAACUACCAGUGCCCCCGCCAGAAGAACUGCGUCGUCGACAGGGUCAACAGGAACCGCUGCCAGUACUGCAGGCUGCAGAAGUGUCUGCAACUCGGCAUGUCCAGGGACG